UUUUAUCUGCGGACUUUUGCGAACGCGCGUCUCGUCUCAUCACGCGGCGCUGCCGUCGCCAUCACCCCGCCUGGUGUCCGCCGAAGGGUCCGCGGAGGUGGAGGUGAACGCGAACACGUAGCUCCGUUAAACAUGCCACUCCCUGCAAGAGCACACUGAUGCCCUGAGCAGACCUCUGCUGAGUGAUUAACAUGGAAGCUAACAGGCUGCUAGCGGUGAAGAGGAGGUCUAAAAAAACGAUGAAGGACGGUCAGCCGGUGCAGGACUAGCUCAGACUGAGGGAACUGCAGUGGAGGUGGAGGAGGAAGAGGAGGAGAGAACGAAGACAGAGGAGAGACAAAGCGAAUCACAUGACCAGUCCUCGGAAAGGCUCCAAAUUAGUGAUGCUCCCCUCGGGCAGGGAUUACCUCCUCCCCGCCGUCUACCUCUCCAUCUCUCCAGCUCUUCCUCCCACAGUCAGCAGAGCAGCCGCCCAGUUCCAAGACUCCAAGCCGUGAGAGCUCGCUGUGCUCACCCACCCACACACACAUACGCGAACUCUCUCUCUCACACACACACACGCACACACACUCUCACAUUUGCAAACGCAAGCACACACGCAUUGCAUCCUGCUCAUGGUCGUUGGCCUGCCCUCCUCAGCUGCUGCUCCCGCUCUAGUCACUAACCAUGAAGAGGCCCAAGCAGCAGACGGGGCCGCUCAGCUUCCUCAACUUCUUCAGCAGGAAGCCCAAAUCGGAGCCGAGACCCGAGAGGCCCGUGGAAGCCUGGCCCAAGGAGGAGGUGGCCAUCACUCUGACCCCGAGCGAGCAUCCAGAGCAGGACCUCACAGCAGAAGAGGCUGGAGAAUCAAGAGUUUCUGGAGGAGAAAGAGGAGAAGGAGGAGGCCCUCCGGCCGCGGCUGAGGCAGGUGAGGAAGGCGCCGCCACAGCCGAGUGCGCGGGCGCGGCCAGCAGCGGCUCCACCGGCGUCCUGUCCCUCUCCUCCUCCAGCCAGGAGCAGCUAUUGGACGAGCACCUGGAGGAGUGCCCACUGUGCCUGCUCAGUCAGCCCCGCUGCCACUUCCCACGACUCACCUCCUGUUCCCACCGGACGUGUUCCGACUGCCUCCGCCAGUACCUGCGCAUUGAGAUAUCGGAGAGCCGGGUGUGCAUCGCGUGCCCGCAGUGCCCCGAGACGCUGGCGCCGCUCGACGUCCGUGCCAUCCUGGAUGACCGGGCGCUGCUGGAGAGGUUCGAGGAGUACCAGCUGAGACGUUUCCUGGCUGCUGAUCCAGAUACACGCUGGUGCCCUGCGCCUGACUGCAGCUACGCGGUGAUAGCUUACGGCUGUGCGGAGUGUCCCAAGCUGAGCUGCGGCCGGGAGGGAUGUGACACGGAGUUCUGCUACCACUGUCGGCAGCUGUGGCACCCCAACCAGACGUGUGACCAGGCCCGGCGGCAGCGAGCCCGCCACACGUCAGGCGGCACCGAUGCCUCCACGCUGUACGUCUUCAAUGAAGAACCCGGAGGAGAUGCAGAGGAGAUCAAAGCGUGCCCUCGCUGCGGUGCCUACAUCAUGAAGACCAACGACGGCAGCUGUAACCGCAUGAACUGCACUGUGUGUGCCUGUCAGUUCUGCUGGCUGUGUAUGCAGGAGAUCACCGACGUGCACUACCUCAGUCCCUCAGGAUGUACAUUCUGGGGGAAGAAGCCAUGGUCUCAAACCCGUAAGGUUCUGUGGCAGGUGGGCAUGUUGCUCGGAGCGCCAGUGGUCAUCUCCCUUAUAGCGGGCAUCGCCAUCCCAGUCAUUAUUGUGGGCAUACCCAUCUACAUGGGCCGAAAGGUCCAUGGUCGCUGUAAGAAAAACAAUAUCUCAGGAAGUAAGCACUACUUGACUGUGGCAAGUGGGGUGAUGAUGUCCGUGUUUGUGUCGCCGGUCAUAGCAGCUGUCACUGUGGGUGUGGGUGUGCCACUAAUGCUGACGUACGUCUACGGGGUCGUCCCCAUGUCGCUCUGUAGGAACGGCUGGUGUCGACCGCAGAGCGAGCCCCCUGAAACACACAAAAUACAACUGGAGGAUUUAGCCAGCUAUCUUCUAUUUUCUCAUGUAGUCAGUGACCACUGGACGGGUCAGAACAACCAGACGCUCAGUGACACCAGCGUCCAGGAAGUCAGAGUCAGUGUACAGGAAGUGGGCGUCCUCCCGAGCACGAGCACCACGCCCCCGGAGCUAGAUAGCUAUGAGGAGUUGGAUGAAGCCACUAAACACCACGGAUACACCAAGCAGGACAGCCAAUCAGACUGCGAGGUGGUUAUUGUGCCUGACAGCAAUCUCGAUGACACACAGGCGCUUUCUUUGAGGGAAGGAACCAAUAUCGAGGUCCGUGUGGAAAUUGAGACCCAUCCCAGAGGCGCCCGCCAGUCCAGCCUAAGUAGCAUCCUGUCUAGCCGAAGCCUGUCAGUGGAGUCCCUGGGACACUCGCAGUCCACGCCCCAAGACUACCUGUGUGCCUCAGAACGGGAGGAGCGACGAGAGGGCGGAGAAGGAGGAGAAGACGGAGAGGAGCAGGAGGGAAGAGAGAAACCAGGAGGGGACGCCGGAGGACAUGAAGAGACAGUUUACCCGGUCUUUGAAAUAGACGAUGUAUGAGGUCCCUUCGGUGCAGGCUUUGUACUUGGUUGAAGACUAGUCGGGUUUUUUACGAGCCGACGCGUCGCCGGAUUGACCCUGAAAAUCAUUUUGUCCAAGGCCACCUCCUGCUUUAAAAAAAAAAAAAAAAAAAAAAAAAAAAAAAAAAAAAAGACGGGGCCCUCCCACCAGUUGCCUUCUAGCUCCAGCCUCUAAGGAAAGACGCGGGUUUUAGACAGAGCAAAAACGAUAAACGUGAGAGUGUGUGACAGCGUGUGUGUGAGACAAAUAGCAUGAGACUAUUGCAUUUAAACAUCGGAGGGGGGUGACAUAUGGAAAGGCAGACAGGAUAGCGUCCAUCAGUGAAAACAGAAGUGACUGAGAGCAUGUUUGCUGACUAGUUCAGUCUGUUCUUCUUCUAUGUUGUCCUUUCUGAAAAACACUACCUGACCCCCCCCCCAUGAUAAAUCUAUUCAACAAAGCCCUCUAUCUUUGUCCGGCUGUACUCUUAUACUUCUUUUAGUGACCUCACCUCCCCUCCUUCCACAUCCUUUACAAAUAAACAGACCCCCUCCCCCACACGAGCAUGAUUUGUUUCAGGAAGGGUUAAAGUAAUUAUCAAAUGCAAGACAGGCAAGGUGGGGAAUUUUUUUCUUGCUUUGAAGAAUAUCUCCAGUAACUUAAGAUGGUCACACCUGAAUUUGGCAAACCUCAAAACAGACGAUGCAUGCUUCACUGUUCAAUUACGUUUUUGUGCAAAAAGUCCAGUUGCAAAUGACACCCGGGGAAAAAAAAACCAAACAAAAAAAAAACUGGUGAAGCCUGUAACCGUUGUUCUCUGUUGGAGUAACGAGUGCUCUGUGACAUUGUGGCGGUGUUUUCGAAAAAAAAACUGACCGGAGGGCUUAUAAAUACCAUUUAAUUAUAUUAUUCUCAAAUCCACAGUCUUCCAUGGAAGCGGCAAAGGGGGCAGUGUCACUUUUGCAUUGUUUUAGUGCAGAUUACGGCCUUUUAAGAGGCUUAAAGAAACUGCUUUAGUUUGUAAAAAAAAAAAAAAAGUGAAUAAUUGCUCACGCUAAUGCAGCUACUCUUUUUUCUGAAGAGUUCUUAAAUUCAAAAAGUAGCUGCAUGAUUCUACUACUACUUGCUGUGUACGCAGGAUAACACAUGAACACACACAAGCAGUUUCACACACACACAUACAAACACACACAUAUGCCCACGCCACACGCAAAACCCGCAGUGAAGUGUAGUCGCAGUAGUGUGUGCUGCUGAGAGCAUUCAAUAUAAACUCAAGACCCUCUCAAAUGAUCACAGAGCACCAAAAAUGACAACAGCAGCAUGCCACCUCAGGCUGGAAAUCUAAUAACCCCUUUCUAGAUGACUUAUGAGAAAUACAUGACUAUACGUGCUCUGCUUAUGUUCCUGAGUGUGAAAUACUUGUGAGAGGUGAACGUCGGGCCUGACGUGAUAACCUGUGCCGGAUUGUGUGGCGUGGAAAUGGAAUAAAGAUUUCACCAUGAAGGACACAAUG